GCGUUGUCAAGCCAUGAAUAUUCGUGACAUUUUUAAGUAUGGACAGCUUAUUUACUAUGGAAGGUACUUCACUUCUUCAGCCACUGAUUAAAUGUUCAUGAUUUUGCUACACUACUUUACGUUGUGGGAUAAUGAAUGUCAGAGUCGUUGUGCAGCGGCAGCGCUCCAGGGGUAUCGCGACACUUUUUUGCUCUACUUUUUCAUUUCUGCUUUUUGCAGAGCCAAAAUUCGAAUAUAAUCAUAAAUUAAUUUGAAAGUAUAUUUAACGUUUUCACGAUUAGGUGAAAAAGGGCUUUUUCUUUUUGCGUUACAUGGUGUCGCGAAGUCCUUGAAAACUCAUUAUUCAGAUUGGUCUAAUAUCAAAUGCGUUUGUUUGGACGUAGACUCAACGGCUUGUGAAGACGAAGGACUGGAUGAAAUUGCCGGUUUUCUUGGAGUUACUGAUAAAGUUAAAAAAAUUUUCAUUAGCACUGAGGAGGCUAUGAAUGGAGAAUUGGACAUUACUAAGGCAUUAGAAGCCCGCUUAUCAAUAAUGAAUUUAAAUCUAAAGAAGCUUGCUGACUUUUUAGACAACCAUCCUGUUAGACUAACACCGGGUGUUGAAAAUCUUGUUAAUCAAUUCAAAGAAAAUGGGGUUGAUGUUUACUUGGUAAGCGGUGGAUUAUAUCCGUUAGUUAAUCGCGUAGCCAAACUGCUCAAUAUUCCUGAAGAAAAUGUUUACGCGAACAAGCCGAUUUUCAAUAACGAAGGCACAUUCGUUGGAUUGGAUCAUAGUGCACCAACUAGUCGUUCCGAUGGUAAAGCCUUAAUCGUUAAUGAAUUACUGAAUAAAUUGCAUACUCCAGUUAUGAUGAUAGGUGAUGGAAUGACAGAUGCAAAUGCUUGUCCACCAGCUUCUGUAUUUAUCGGUUUCGGUGUCAAUGUUAUUCGUCCUAAAGUUAAAACUAUAUCCGAUUAUUUCUGUACAUCUGUGGAAGAAUUAAUUAAUUUGUUGAAAAACCAUAAAAUGUUACUAUGA